AUGCAAUUCGAGCCCACAGAAGCCCUUUUCAAGGAACUUUUGAAUGUUCCGCUGGGUUACUUACCCGAGGAUCGCGACAGGAUCCAGGAAGUCUUCGAUGGUACCGGUCGCAGCUUGAAAUGCCACAAUGAUGAUUGUCCUGGCCGAUUUGAUUAUGAACGAGUAUUCGCGAGAGAACGCAGGAAGCUGAUGUCGUGCGCAGGAUGUGAGACGGCGAGUUACUGCUCUCGCGAGUGCCAGAGGUUCGACUGGCCAAGGCACAAGGAAUAUUGUGAACCCACCCAUCCGCAACGGAGGGUGAUUCACAAACUUUCUCGCAACGUUCGGAAGCACCCUGAGUUAAUGCUCAAGUUACGCAUCGCCAUCGCCUUCAACCUCCUGGACGAACUCGACAAAUCGCCCCGCCUCGACUAUAUUCCACAUAUCGAACUCAAGAUAUAUCUUCUGCCCAUCGCUCCCACGGACAUGCUAGCCGUUCUGACUUCGCCGGAUGAAGCUGAUAUGAUUCGACUCGCCGCGGAGAAGAUCAAGGGAUAUCUGGAGGUCAUGUUCCUGUCGCGCAGCAAGACGUACCCACCCACCAGUUUUGCGUAUAAAGUCGGCGACAUGGCCUCGAUUGGUCCUGCCAUGGUUCGCCGCAUGCUGGAUACGAGCGGCAACCACGAUGCCGUCCUCGUGUACGUGCACUUCAUGUACCACGACGAAGACGUCCUGUGUGGACACCUUCCCAUUUAUUUCGAGGACAUUUAUCGAGCGCGAGUACUCCGAGCGAUUAAACAGAAAUUCCCCGAUAUCUGGGGCACGGACCCAAUGAUACAGUAG